AUGGACUUCAUCACAAGGAAGCUUUCGGUGGCUCCGGAGGAGGAAAGGAAGACAGCAUCUGUGACUGCAACGGGUGAAGUGAUUGAGAUUCAGGACCAAACGCACCGCAAGCUCGGCAGUCGGCAAAUCUCCUUCAUCGCCAUCGGUGGCUCGAUUGGUACAGCCUUGUUCGUCAGCAUCGGCCUCGGUCUCUGGCGUGGAGGGGCUGCCAGUUUGCUCAUCGGGUUCCUGUACUACAGCACUGUUAUCGUAUGCGUCAACAACUGUCAGGCUGAGAUGACCGUCUUUUUCCCGGUCACAGCGCCGUUCCAACGUAUGGCGGGGAAAUGGGUCGACGAAGCCUUUGGUUUCGCCGUCGGCUGGAACUAUUUCAUCUAUGUGAUAUGUGCCCUCUACAUCGUCCUCGGAUUUUGGUGGGAUAACGUGCCCCUUGCGGCCGUCUGUGGGAUCUGCAUCGUCCUCUAUGCACUCAUCAACAUAUUCGCGGUCAAAUGGUACGGAGAGGCUGAAUUUUGGCUUUCGAUCGGAAAGAUCCUCUUGAUUUUCAUAGUGUACGGAUUCACGCUCGUCACGAUGUCUGGAGGGAAUCCGCAACAUGACGCUUAUGGGUUUUCACACUGGGAUGACCCGGCUCCCUUCAAGGAAUACAUACAUACCGGAGCCCUCGGCCGUUUUCAAGGCGUGCUGGCAGGCAUAUUCCUCGCUGGGGGCGUCAUCUGCGGGCCAGAAUUCAUUUGCAUGGUUGCGGGCGAGGCCAAAAACCCUCGAAAGGACAUGAGUUCCGCCUUCAAGACCAUGUAUUGGCGGUUCACCGUCUUCUUCCUUCUGGGGGCUCUCGCGGUCGGGAUUGUGCUUCCUGCCAACGACCCUAAUCUUGCUGCAAUCUGGGAUGGAUCGGGAGGGAAAAGUGGCGCAGGGUCAUCCCCAUAUGUAAUUGCCAUGAGCAACAUGCAUAUCCGUGGGUUGCCGCAUCUCUGCAACUUUCUCCUCUGCACCAGCAUCUUCUCUGCCGGGAACUCGUACGUCUAUUGCGCAACCCGCGCCUUGUACGGCCUGGCACUGAACGGACAAGCACCCAAAUUCUUCCGUCAGGUCACGAGACACGGCAUUCCGAUCUGGUGCUUCAUCGUUUCGAUCGCCUUAUCCUGCCUGUCGUUCUUGCAAGUCAGCAAUGGCAGUGGGGUGGUGCUGACCUGGCUGGUGAACAUCAUCACGGCGGCCCAGCAGCUUGACUACAUCUACAUGUGUAUCACCUACCUUCGGUUCAAACGCGCCCUAGAAGCACAAGGCAUCGACCGCAAGACGUUGCCAUACGUCGGGUGGCACACCACCUUCUGCGCUUGGUGGGGACUUGCCGGUUGCUCCUUCGUGGUCAUCAUGCAGGGCUAUCAGGUCUUCUACCCUUCUCUCUGGAGCGUGGGAAACUUCUUCACAUGGUACUGCAUGCUGAUCUUGGCUGUUGUCUUUUAUCCCGGGUGGAAGCUCAUCAAGAGAACGAAGACGGUCAAGCCGGGAGAGGCUGACCUGGUCUGGGAGAGACCCAUCAUCGACUCGUACGAGGCCACAUUGGUCGAUGAGAAGGUGCCGUUCUUCCGUGACGUUUGGCGCAUGGCGACUGGGGCUUUCUCCAAACAACAUGGGCCACCGGUGCCUUAG